AUGGCACCAAAGAAGAUUGAACCAAAGAAACCUGAGCCCAAAAAGCCAGAGCCUAAGAAAGAUGCAGCUCCAGCUGCUAAGCCAGCACCAGCUGCUAAGCCAGCUCCACCUCCAGAGUCACUGCCUGAGCGUCCCAAGGAACCUGAGUUUGACCCCAAAAGCAUCUCUCUUGAGUACUCUGCUGACCAGAUUGAGGAGUUCAAGGAGGCCUUCACCUUAUUCGACCGCACACCGAAAGGAGAAAUGAAGAUCACAUAUGCCCAGUGUGGAGAUGUGAUGAGAGCUCUGGGCCAGAACCCUACCAAUGCAGAUGUGCUGAAAGUGCUUGGAAAACCACGGCCAGAGGACAUGGGCACUAAAAUGGUAGACUUUGAGACCUUCUUGCCAAUGCUGCAACAUAUCUCCCGUGCAAAAGAUCAAGGCAACUUUGAGGAUUUUGUGGAGGGUCUCAGGGUUUUUGACAAGGAAGGCAAUGGCACCAUCAUGGGAGCAGAGCUGCGUCAUGUGCUGGCAACACUGGGAGAGAGGAUGACAGAGGAUGAAGUGGACAGACUGAUGGCUGGACAGGAGGAUGCCAAUGGGUGUAUCAACUAUGCCUCCUUUGUAAAGCAUAUUCUCUCUGGAUGA